GCCAAACUUAAUUCUACACCCAUUAAAGAUGAAGAAGAGUUGAAGAGACUGGCGUUGGAGACACUCGCUCACCGUAAUUAUUUACGGCUCAGAAGUGACUCAUCCAUUCUAAAAAUUUACAGAAAAUUCCAGGAAUGGAAGUCUAUGAUCAAUUUUGAGUUUUCUCAACUCCACCCUGAGCAAAGCGAUAACUUCUUAAAAUCUUGGCCGACCUGGGUAGACAAAAUAUUACAAAGGGCCGGCAGUAUCAAAAAGUCUCCUGCGCUUAUAAGAUUUCUUGCACAGGGCUGUGGGGAAUGGGAUUUUUCAAUUGGUGCGCUGUUUACAUUACUCCAUUUGAUUCCGCCAACAGCACAAGGACAAGGGAAGGCAAAUCAUUGUACUUUGGAUGGUGCAAAAACAAAAUUAAUUAAUUUCUUCAAGGCCGGGACUCCAUUGCAAUCUAUCUUGGAUACUUGGAAAGCCGAAUUGAAGCAGCCAAAUCUAGUUUGUUUAGGAGUUGAUAAGAAAAAUUUGUCAAGCUUUUUCAUCGCAUGUGACGGUCAGCUGCUUCCAAUUGCAUCCAAAAAUUCCACCGAAGCUAUUGACAUUCUCUUCAAAAGCCAUUAUGUAUUUGGGACGGAGUACGACAUCAGUUUAAGGGGGCUAUGGAAAUUUAUUCAAGUUUACAUUUAUGGAUUGGAGACGGAUGCCGAAAAUCUGCCUCGUAAUGUGAAACAGGUUUUUAACCAGCUUAAUUAAGAGUACAUAUUUCAAAAUGUUCAAUUGCACCUUAUGCAGUAAAUUGAUGUUAGAUAGUGCUAGUUUAAUUAAGCACGUUAAGUACAUACAUAAUUUUAGUCAUGUAUGCUUUAAAGAGGUAAUAUGUCCGUUUAGUAAUUGUUUGACUAAAAUUAAUUCCUGGAGUUAUUUUUUAAGGCAUACAAAAUCUCAUGACGUUAAAUCUGUCGAUACAAUUACUCCAAAUAUACAACCAAACAACGGAGAUAAUAUAGAAAUAAUUAGUCCAAACAAUUUUGAUGAUUUUGAUUUUGCAAGUAAUGCUUCAAAUGAAAUAUCCGUAGAUUUAGGAAUUAAGGUGAUGACAGUAUCAUUAACCAAUUUUUGUUUCACUUUACUUGCAACUGGUGUCAGCAACUCCACAUUAGAUUUUAUAGUUAAAGAGUUGAAAUAUUCAAUGAAUGAUAUUUUUAAUUUGAUUCUUAAAAUUGGCGACAGUGCAAUUCCAUCAAAUAAUUUCGAGUCAUUUCAAAUACAAAUAUUUAGCUUACUUCAAGCAUUUGAUAAGGUCAAAUCAGCUUAUCAAAGGCAAAAGCUUUUUAAAGAAAACGAUCAUUUUGUUAUGCCGAAAGAGUUGACUUUAGGAAAUAGAGUUGAGCUUAGAAGUCACAAUACAAAACGACUGCAAGUUAUAGCUGAAGAC